AUGGAGCACUUGGAGGAGAGUGAAGGGAAGGCCAGGUGAUGGCACUGGCAGGUUGCACAUAUUCCAUCUGACCGUGGAAAGCCUUGGUCGGUAACGGCCACUGGAGUGGAAAGGAGCGUUUGGGGACUCCUGGCCUCUCGCCAGCCAUCCAUUAGUAAAUUAGCGUGGCUGGAGAGUGGCGGCUUGUCCGUGAGUCCCCGGGACGGGAGAGCCCUGGCUGGAACCGACAACAGAUUAGGGAGAGGAGAGGAGAGCGGCUGAGAGCCAGAAAAAUGACUUUUCACUUCACCCUCCCCUCCCUAGUACACAUGCCCCAUAUUUUGACAGGUAGUUGACAUGUUUUGCAGUUUGAAGGAUAGUGGCCUAGAUUUAACAUCCGCAGCUUAGCAUUUACAUUAUGGAAGACAAAUCCAUAUGUUAUUACUGGUUACCUACUGGUAAUGAUGACCACACACACACACGUUGUAGCCAGCAGCACUCGACAGUCUGUGCGUGUCCAUUUAGCAUCUGUCAUAUAAAAACUGUCCCCCUCUUCCUGUCUUCUCUCUGCCCGGCCACCAUCCCCACUCAUUCAUAUUUAAGUACACACACUGACUGAAGCGUUUGGCACAUUUCACUGAAUAUAAAGUGAUUUUAGAGAGAUAAAGCUUUCAAAUCAUUUACAUCAACAGAGAUACUAGAAUUCUAAUCUGACAAACAGGCAGACAGAGAGACAGACAGUCAGAGGUGAGGAGUGUGAAGUGUGAUUGAUGGAGGGUGUUAUUAAGGUUGGAGGUUAUUUAUUCAUUAGUGCUUCGCUAGUCUUUCCGUCUUUAGUACUGAUUACACAAAGGUCAGCUCCACCCUGUGUGUGUGUAUGGUGUAGUGUCGCAUAGUGUGUCUGUGAGUUUGUAUAUGUAUGUAGUAUAGUGCCGCAUGUGUGCAUAAUCGAUCAAAAGUUUAUGGGGAGAAUAUGCUGUUUCUGUCCUUUCUCCUCUGUUUAACUAGAGAAUGUUUUCCUGCCUUGCAGAGAAAGAGAGGGAGAGACUGGUAGAGGGAGUAAAGAAGGGAUGGGGAUGUUUUUUCCUUUCACAACUCCUUGGAAGUCUGCCCUUGGGCAGAGUAAGUUUCUUACGGAUGUGUUUUUCCCAGCCUGCUCCACUCAGGUAAAGACAGGAUUUUUACUGCCUGAGGUCUUAUUCCAACUCGACACAGGAAUCAAAAAUAAUUUACAGAUGGGUUUUGUGUGUGGUAUGCGUGUGUGUGAGAUAGACUGAGAGUGUGUGUGUGUGUUGCUGAGCUGUUUUUGGCGGGGUAGUAACAGGCCAUUAAACAGUGUGUUGUGAGUGCAAUUUACUGUGGCCCCGGGGCCAGUGUGUUGGAGAGAGAGAGAAACAGAGUGGCUGAUGGCACAUUCCAAAUGCCUUAAUGGUCGCUUGGUCUUCAGUAAUUAGGAAAUAUCAAGCUAGUCGGAUUUAUUACUUUCUGGUAUCCUUUUCUAUGGUGCCAAAAGUGAAAAAAGUAUGGAUUGAGGAUCGAAUAGGAUCAGACCAUCAGCUUAUACCCCUCGGUGUAACUAUGACAGACUCCACGAGGACGUGGAUAUUAGAAAUGUAAUCAGUUUAUUGACGGACAGUACAUUUUAAACGAAAACUAAAGAGUUUAUAACAGAUUUUCUUCUUGCGUAAUACAGGUUUAGCGGAUCGACUUAUAGUAUGGGAUGCCUUUAAAUGUGUCUUUAGAGGCCAUUCAAUUCAAUUUUCAUCCCCAAAACAAAAACUGAUUUGGUCAACAGAGAAAAGACUUACAGCAGAAAUAGAAGAACUAACAUUGCACAUCAAUGGUGUUGAUAAAUGUUCUACAGAAGUACUGCAUAGUUUAGACGCAAAACAAAGAGUUUGAGGAAUUUAUUCAGGAAAGAUCUGGUUUCAUUUAUCAAAAGAAACAAGCAAAUUGGAUGGAGAAUAUCCGGAUUAAAACCCAACUAUGAUAAGUGUACUAUAUUACGGAUUGGGUUUCUAACAGACACAAACUUUAAAUUGCUAUGUGGUCUCCCGAUUAAAUGGGCGGAUGGUGCCGUUGAUGUGCUUGGUGUACACGUUCCUAAAAAGUUGAAUAAUCUUGCAACAAUCAAUUUUGAUAAAAACCAUGGGAAAUUUACACUGAUUAAUUCUCUAGUGAUAUCACAGUUUACAUAUCUAUUCAUGGCUCUACCGACUCCAGGAGAAUGUUUUUUCAAGUUAUGUGAGUAAAAAAUAUUUCAUUUUAUUUGGAAUGGAAAACAAAGUUAAACGGGUAUACUUAUAUAAUAAAUAUGAAUUUGGAAGGCUAAAACUAUUCAAUAUCAAAGCUUCUAUUAUACCGAAACUAUAUCUAAAUCCAAACUGGUUGUGCAGUAGGCUACUAAGAGAGGCACAUCCGAUGUUUAAAAGGGGUCUCUGUGCUGUUAUACAGAUUAAAACGUUACAUUUCCGGUGGAUUGACAAUGGAACCGUGUUUAAAGGAUGUUCAUUUUUAAAUAAAGCAAUACAGAGUUGGCUACAAUUCUAAUUAUAUAUAUAUAUAUAUAUAUUACAGCAAAUAAUAUGGCUAAACUCCAAUGUACUGAUAGAGGAUAAACCAAUUUUCUUGGAGAGAAUGUUUAUGAAUGACAUUGUAAACAGCGAAGUUAGAAUUAUGUCAUACAACCAAUUAAUCCGGGUGUAUGGCGAUGUAUGCUCAAUACAAAAUUAUAACCAACUCAUCGCAGCUCUGCCACAAAAAUGGAAGAGGAAAUGACUUAAACAAGAAAGGAAUUAAUUAUACUGAACAAAAAUAUAAACGCAACAAUUUCUAAGAUUUUACAGAGUUACGGUUCAUAUAAGGAAAUCAGUCAAUUGAAAUAAAUAAGUUAGCCACUAAUCUAUUGAUUUCACAUGACUGGGCAGGGGCACAGCCAUGGGUGGGCCUGGCUCCCCAGUGGGUGGGCCUAUGCCCUCCCAGCCAUGGGUGGGCCUGGGAGGGCAUAGGCCCACCCACUGGGGAGCCAGGCCCAGCCAAUCAGAGUUUUUUCCCCACAAAAGGGCUUUAUUACAGACAGAAAUACUCCUGUUUCAUCAGCUGUCUGGGUGGCUGGUCUGAGACAAUCCCCGAGUGGCGCAGUGGUUCGAAUCCAGGCUCUGUCGUAGCCGGCCGUGACCGGGAGACCCAUGGGGCGGCGCACAAUUGGCCCAGCGUCAUCAAGGGUAGGGGAGGGAAUGGCCGGCAGGGAUGUAGCUCAGUUGGUAGAGCAUGGCGUUUUCAACGCCAGGGUUGUGGGUUCGAUUCCCAUGGGGGGCCAGUAUGAAAAAAUAAUGUAUGCACUCACUAACUGUAAGUCGCUCUGGAUAAGAGCGUCUGUUAAAAUGACUAAAAUGUAAAAAUGUGAAGAAGCCGGAUGUGGAGGUCCUGGGCUCGCGUGGUUACACGUAGUCUGCUGUUGUGAGGCCGGUUGGACGUACUGCCAAAUUCUCGAAAACGACAUUAGAGGCAGCUUAUGGUAGAGAUAUGAACAUUCAAUUAUCUGGCAACAGCUCUGGUGGACAUUCCUGCAGUCAGCAUGCUAAUUGCACGCUCCCUCAAAACUUGAGACAUCUGUGGCAUUGUGUUGUGUGACAAAACUGCACAUUCUAGAGUGGCCUUUUAUUGUCCCCAGCACAAGGUGCACCUGUGUAAUGAUCAUGCUGUUUAAUCAGCGUCUUGAUAUUCCUCACCUGUCAGGUGGAUGGAUUAUCUUGGCGAAGGAGAAAUGCUCACUAACAGGGAUGUAAACAAAUUUGUGCACAAAAUCUGAGAGAAAUAAGCUUUUUGUGCUUAUGGAAAAUUUCUGGGAUCUUUUAUUUCUGGUCAUGAAACAUUGGACCAACACUUUACAUGUUGUGUUUAUAUUUUUGUUCAGUAUAUUUUGUUUGCCACCAAUUAAAAGUCAUAAAUGGCUUAAAAUUAGUAAUAUAAAUCGUGAAAUGUAUCAGCUUUACUUACGGUCAAGAGGGUUGACCACUAUGCCGCAUAAAAUUCAAGAUAGUUGGGAACAGAUUUUCGAUGUCCCAAUACCGUGGCAUCGGGAUUAUGAACUGAUAUACAGUACAAAACAACAAUUGAUGCAUUCAUUCGUUCAUUUCAAUUUAAGCUAUUAUAUAAAAUUCUCACUACUAAAAGAAUGCUCAGUAUAUGUGGUAUUCAACAGUUAGACCGGUGCAGACUCUGCCAUGCGGAAACAGAAUCCGUAGAGCAUCUCUUUUGGUAUUGUCCAUCGGUGGUCCAGGAAUGGUUGUUAUGCCAUAAUAUCAGGGUGUGGAUGGACCUGCAAACUGUAUUGCUGGGUGAUUUGAAGGACCACAGUCAGUCAAUAGGAAAUAUAAUUGUGCUCUUGGGUAAAAUGUUUAUUUUCGGGGCAAUUUCGGCAGAAAUGUUGCAGAUGGGAAGGUUCAAGUCCCUAGUGAGACACCAUGGGAGAAUGUAGGGAUGUAUUGUGAGAGGAAAUGGUAGAAUGACGAUUGACUGGGAAAGAUGGGUUGAUCUUUGGCUGUCUGAAGGGUGCAAUUGAUGAGGGUUGGAAUAAAUAUAACACAAAUUAACAGUAUAAAUGUUUGAGGUCCUCCAAUCAGGGCUGAGGAUGGGGAUGGGAUUAUUGUAUGUUUUGUGUUUUGGUUUCACGCUGUGAUCGGUGUGUGUGUGCAGGUGGUUAUGGGUGCGCUCGCUUCCAUGCCGCCCAGGCGCCGGGCAGGGCAUGGUUCUUCCCGCCCUUGGAAAAUUCCUUUGGGCCGGGGCCUUGGAGGUGUCUCGGGGCGGGUGUGGGUGAGCGCACCCACUGACCAGUGCACCGACGGUGGGAACAGCCAUUCGUAUUGUCUUUGUAUUGUAUUGUUGUUUUUAAAGAAAAAAAUAUAUAUAUAAAAAAAAAAAAUCUGGGCAAUAGUUCUACAAUAGGUGAUUAAAUUAGCCAGCCUCAAGGCAACAAGCGCUUGUGUUCUGAUUGUUGCAGUUGUUUCCCAGGGCAUCAUGCUACAUACAGACACUGUUUCAGUCUGGAUGCGUACAAUAUUAAUGUCUACAAUAAGCCUGCCUUAUCUGACCACAUCAAUCAGAGAGCACACAUACCUCCUGCUACUGUCCAAUCACCACAAAUCAAUAAAAUGUGCUCGGUCUUACCUCUGGGAGAGGGGUAGAGAGAGAGAGGGAGGGAGGGUGAGGAAAGGCCUCAAUGUAUUGAAUUAUGGGUCCCAAGGCUCUGAGACGCUCCGUUGGGCUUUAUGGUGAGAUGUAUCCUAGCUGCUGUCAUUCCCUUCUGUUGUCAGGGCAACUACAGGAGUCUCAGCCUUCCCCACCCCCCAAUCUUAUACAGGCUUUGCUGCCGAUAUCGCUCUUUCUAUGCUCCCCGUUCUCGCCCUCUCUCUUUCUUCUCUUCUCUCCUGCUCUCUCUCUGAUGUCUCUGUGCAUGAAUGAUGCUCAAAGGCAUUUACUCACUUUGGGGGUGUUGAUCUAAAGCUUCUCUCUCUUUAUUCUGUCUCUGUGCGAGAUUGUGUUCUCUCGCUCUCUCUUUCUCUCUCGCUCUCUCUCUCUUUAUCCUGUCUCUGUGUGAGAUCCUCUGUUCUCUCUCUCUUUCUGUGUGUAUACCGUAUUCAUGGCCUCGCCCUGAGUUGUGUGAGUUGGUGGGUAGGAAUGGGUUAUCCAUGGUCUAUCGGCUAGAAUCUUUCUGGGAAUGAGGACAGAGUUAUAGCCAUCAACCCGAGAGAGAGAGAGAGAGCGUGUGUUGUGUGUGUCCUCAGGCAGAGUGGCAUGUUGGAGCAGGAGGAGGAACAGAUGAAGAGGGAAUCUAGUCAGAGCAAACGGGUUUGAUUUAAUAGACUAAAGUAGCUACCAGCUAGCUGCUUCUCUCCUCUCGAUACGAUAGUCAGAAGACUUUGCUGAAGCUAUAUAGAUCUGGGACCAGGUUGGCAGAUCUUUUUAGGUAUUUCUCUCUAUCCCUCUAUCUUCCCUUCUCUGUCUCUGUGUGUGUGUGUGUGUGUGUGUGUGUGCGCGUGUGUGUGUUGGAUUAGGGAUUGAGUGUGAGCUAAGCCUACAGUGGACAGACACUCACUGACAAACCAACAGCGAUGCCGGGUAUAGUGAGUAACACAGCCUCGGAUUAACACACACUCACUAAAAGGGAUUUUCUGUAUCACAGAGCUGUCUUAACGUGUUAUAUCACAGGCUCAGAGAUGACAGGAUCUUUUUAGUCAAUCAUUAUGAAACAGAUCUCUACCUGUAGAAGCUUAUGUGAGGAUGCAAAUAGUUGCCGGCCAUAAUAUCGACUCAAGUAAUGGCCAGUUUAGCCCAGCUGUCACAUUAUAAAGCAUUUAACACUCUCUAGUCUGCUGACUGCAUGUGGUGUCUAUAUGUGUGCACACACAGCCUAUUCACACCAGUGGAGGCUCAUAAUAAUGGCUGGAAUGGACUGAAUGGUAUCAAAAACAUGGUUUUCAUGUGUUUGAUACCAUUCCAUUCACUCCAUUCCAUCCAUUACCCUCCAUUCCAGCCAUUAUUAUGAGCCGUCCUCCCCUCAGCAGCCUCCACUGAUUCUCACACACAGGAAUACAGCUGGUUCAUUCAGCGAGCUACUUCCACUAGAUUAGAGUGUGAGUGGGAACUCUACUCUACCUACACACACAUUGUUACAGUACCGUUCAGUUACAGUACCUUUCAGUUACGGUACUUUUCAGUUACAGUAUCAUGCACACACACUUGUCUGUUAACUGAAGUGUGCCUAGAAAGCCCAGACCAGCAGACUGGACACACACACAGCCAGGCUCACAGAUUGAGGUAAUAUAACUAGAUUACGUAACACACAGGGGAGUGGUGUGUGUGUGUGUGUGUUAAAGAGAGCAAGCUAGAUCAAUUAUCUACCCAUUGGUUCCACUGACACAUAUCAGAUGUGGACGCCUAGUCGGUAGACUGCUUUCAUAAGAGCUCUGGCACGUGUGUGUGUGUUCUGUGACUACAGCUCAGCGUUCAACACCAUAGUGCCCUCAAAGCUCAUCACUAAGCUAAGGACCCUGGGACUAAACACCUCCCUCUGCAACUGGAUCCUGGACUACCUGACGGGCCGCCCCCAGGUGGUAAGGGUAGGUAACAACACAUCUGCCACGCUGAUCCUCAACACGGGGGCCCCUCAGGGGUGCGUGCUCAGUCCCCUCCUGUACUCCCUGUUCACCCAUGACUGCAUGGCAAGGCACGACUCCAACACCAUCAUUAAGUUUGCCGACAACACAACAGUGGUAGGCCUGAUCACAGACAACAAUGAGACAGCCUUUAGGGAGAAGGUCAGAGACCUGGCAGUGUGGUGCCAGAAUAACAACCUCUCCCUCAACGUGAUCAAGACAAAGGAGAUGAUCGUGGACUACAGGAAAAGGAGGGCCGAGCACGCCCCCAUUCUCAUCGACGGGGCUGUAGUGGAGCAGGUUGAGAGCUUCAAGUUCCUAGGUGUCCACAUCACCAACGAACUGUCAUGGUCCAAACACACCAAGACAGUCGUGAAGAGGGCACGACAAAGCCUAUUCCCCUUCAGGAGACUGAAAAGAUUUGGCGCAUGUGACAAAUAACAUUUGAUUUGAUUUGACUGCCAUGUGCUGCGCAGUACGAUGUUUUCUUAAUCAGAACUCCAAAGAUGGAGGGUCUGUGUUGUGUGUGAUGUGGAAUGCAGCUGUGCUACUACCUGUCUCUCUCUCUCUCCCUCUUUCUUCAACUUUCUCUCUCCCACUCUCUCUCUUUCUCCAAAAACCAGGAUAGCGAACACACUUGUGUGUGAGUGAGCAGUGUGUGUGUUGGCUGCUCAAGCGGCUGAUGAGAAUAUCAGUAUAACCCCCAGGCCUCUCCCAUAUUACAACAGGAUUACACUGUUACACUUCAACUCUUCUCCCUCUCUCUUUCUAUCUAGCCCUAUUCUUUCUUUCUUUCUUUCUUUAGGCCUAAACCAAUAACAUUACACUGUUACACUUGUUCAACUCUUCUCCUUCUCUAUCCAUCCCUUACUUCUUUCUCUUUUUAUAGCCACCCCUCAUCCCUCUCUCGCUCUCUAUCUCUUUAUCCUCAACCACCUCUCUCCAUCUAUGUGCUCAUCCUUCUCUCUAUCUAUAUCCUCUUCUCUCCAUCUAAAAGAGUGUGUUUGUUGAGGGUGGUGGCUGCUGGGUAAUCUUGUCUCUGGAAAAAAAGAGAUUACAUGUCAGAUGAAAAAGGAGAGGAUUACAUCUUUUCAGGCUUUUUUGAUGAGGUCCUGGCCACGUGCACACACACACACACACACACACACACACGCGCACACACACACACACACACACACACACUUCCCAGCCUAACCACUCCCAUAUGUUACAGGAGUAGUGUGUGUUGUACUGUGUAGCCUAUUUUUCUGUCAGUCUUUUCAUUAGUGUAUGUUAUUCUCUGGGGGGCUGUUUAGUCCUAGCAGAGCUCUCCAUUUUGUAAAUGGAUGUUAAAGGUUUUCAUCUCAAUAUCAAAUCAUUUCUAGGUAACAAUUAAGUACCUUGCUGUGAUUGUUUUCAAUUAAAAUUGCCCCCCAUAAAAUUUGUGGGGAGGGGAAAAUUGAAAACUUGCUUUUAUUGGCAGAGAUGUUUGGAAUUCUCUUUCUUAUUGGUCUAUUAACUAAUUUACUGCUUGGUGAUGUCACCAGUCAGGCCAAAACUCCAUCCCACCAAAACAGGCUGAAAUAUCAGGCAGUCUUUUUAAACAGCGCUUACACUAAAAGGACAUUAACAAAGUGUUAUUCCAACCUCAUAGUAUGGAAAUAUGUAUAAAACACAGGAAAAUCUCAUUUUUGACCACACUGGGCCCUUAAGUCUAUUGAUUUUGCUAAGAUGGAUAUCUCUCUUUUCCCACCUCCUCUCUCUCUCUCUCCCUCUCUCUCUGUCUGUUACAUGACAUAUUCCCUCCAUCUCCCUCCACCUGAGUGCUGACCCAGUCCUUGGCCUGUCUUUGGGGACUCUACCCUCUGUCUCUAUACGAGUGUGUGUUAAUGGACUUGGUCCUUAGCUGUGACAUAUUGAGGGCUGUGCUCUACUUGCCCGGGGCCUGGUAGCCGGGUCACUAUAUUAGGUUUUAAACUCUCUCUGUUGCACCACUCUAAAUUAUAAAUUAGACACACACACUCUCCUCUCCGGGAUCUGUCCAAGUCGGUGCUAAUGACAACUCUGGGGCUGAUGUGUUCCACUGCAGGGCAGCGAAAGGCUCAUUAGACUUUAUCUGUACACUUAACAAGACUGAGAAAAACUGGAGGAGUUUGUUAUCUCUAGCUUAGAAACUGGCUUUCAGACUUUCAUCUCUCUUGUUUCUUUCUUGUUUUUUUUUUCUUGUUUUCUUUCUGGGGCUAGUUAUGGGGGGUGUUGAGUUUGCGAUAGGGGGGGGGUUCGGUGGGGGAGGGUGGGCGGAGGGAGGGGGGGGGGGGGAGGGAGUGGGAGGAGGGGGAGAGGGAGGGAGGGAGGGGGGGAGGGGGGGGGGGGGGAGGGGGGGGGAGGGAGGGAGGGAGGGGGGAGGGAGGGGGGAGGGAGGGAGGGAGGGGGGAGGGAGGGGGAGGGAGGGGGGAGGGGAGGGAGGGAGGAGGGAGGGAGGAGGGGGGGAGGGAGGGAGGGAGGGAGGGGAGGGAGGGAGGGGAGGAGGGAGGGAGGUAGGGAGGGAGGAGGGCGGAGGGAGGGGAGGGAGGGAGGGGGGGGAGGGAGGGAGGGAGGGGAGGGAGGGAGGGAGGGAGGGAGGGAGGGAGGGGGGAGGGGGGGGGGAGGGAGGGAGGGAGGGAGGGAGGGGGGGGGAGGGAGGGAGGGAGGGAGGGAGGGGGGGGAAGGGAGGGAGGGAGGGGGGGAGGGAGGGAGGGGGAGGGAGGGGGGGGAGGGAGGGGGGGGAGGGAGGGGAGGAGGGAGGGAGGGAGGGAGGGAGGAGGGAGGGAGGAGGGAGGGGGAGGGAGGGGGGAGGGAGGGAGGGAGGGAGGGGAGGGGGGAUGGGGGGAGGGAGGGAGGGGAGGGAGAGGAGGGAGGGAGGGAGGGGGGGGGGAGGGAGGGAGGGGGGGGGAGGGGGGGAGGGAGGGGGGGGGAGGGAGGGGGGGGGGGGAGGGGGGGGGAGGGAGGGGAAAGGGGGGGGGAGGGGGGGAGGGAGGGAGGGGGGAGGGGGGGGGGAGGGAGGGAGGAGGGGGGAGGGGGGAGGGGGGGAGGGAGGGAGGGGGAGGGAGGGGAGGGGGGAGGAUGGAGGGGGGGGGGGGGCGGGAGGGGGGAGGGAGGAGGGGGGGUUUAGGGGGGAGGGAGGGCGGGGGGGUUUGGGUUUGGAGGGAGGGAGUUCUGGAGUUUGGGUAGGAGGGAGGGAGGGUCGGUGAUUGAUGGAUGGCUUGGGGGUUUUUUCUUCCCCUUUUUUUUGGGGUUUUUUUCUGUUUUUUGGGAUUUUCUUCUUCUUUCUUUUUUUCUUUUUCUUUCUUUCUAUUUUUUUUUCUUUUCUUUCUUUCUUUCUUUCUUUCUUCUUUCUUUCUUUCUUUCUUUCUUUCUUUCUUAGUCACACGUCCUAACUACUAACCCUCUAUCACUUCAGUGUUGAACUGGUUAUAUGGAACUUCCAUUGGUGACUUCUCUCCACUCGUACACAAGGGAGUUGAGCAGCUCAGUCUAGCUUAAAAUACUCUUACAUUGUGUUGACCAUACCAGAUGGUACAGUCUGUGGCUAUCCUGUCCAGUGUUGCCUGGAUUCACUCUGUGUGUGUAGUGUAAGCACUGCAGGUCAGGGCAUGUAGCAGUAACACAGGUAUGUUUAAAUGCCGGAGCCCAGCCCUAUAUUUGGCCAGCCCAAGGGUUGACCUGAUUACUAGUAGAAUUCCUUUGUCUUUGGAAUGACUUGUUCCUGAAGUCUGGUAAGAGCUGGACUCCGACUUCUGGCCUCUGCUAUGGUGCGGUGCAUGACACACACGCACACACACAAUUUUGGUUAUUUUGGGGUUUUUAAACAACUAAUUGACCAACAUCCUGAACUGUGUGACGUAGUAGGGAGUUGUAGUUUCCAACAGGCCAAUAUUCUACAUAUGUUUUGUGCAGAAAAUGUGGUAAUGAACUACAAUGACCUACCUGUCCAGUCUGUGUGUUUCUUUUACUCCUGCAAUGUUAGUGUGGGGCAGACACUGAGAGAGAGAGAGAAGAGACAGAAGAUUGCUCGAUCGAGAGGGAUAGAGAGUAGCUGCUUCGUGAGGGAUCUACCUGAAAAUACAUGAUCUAAGUGACUUGUAGUUGGUAAUCAAAUCAAAUCAAAUUCAGCAGUAAUAAAAGUUGGCCUAACACCAAUUAGUUGACUGGUUGAUAGGCUGUUGGUCGACCAAGAUUUUUGUAGUCGAGCAGUAGCAAAUAUACAUUUUGUAUGGCACACGAGACACCUGUCUGAUUCGCGCCCAUCUCAGUGAACUACUCCAUUGCGGAGGCCGAGACAAAUCCAUUGCGCAGGCCGCGGGGAUGGCACAGUCCAAGAAGAAGGGGAGUGUGGCUAAGAUGCACAAUGCAUCUCUUUUCAGAAUGCGCUCUCCCGCCAAUUUGUUCACAUUCAUUGUUUCAUAACUUCAUUGUAUGAAUUGUUUAUUUGAUUGUUAGUGUCUAUCAAUUCCCCAUUACAUACAGUGGGGAAAAAAAGUAUUUAGUCAGCCACCAAUUGUGCAAGUUCUCCCACUUAAAAAGAUGAGAGAGGCCUGUAAUUUUCAUCAUAGGUACACGUCAACUAUGGCAGACAAAAUGAGGAAAAAAAAUCCAGAAAAUCACAUUGUAGGAUUUUUAAUGAAUGUAUUUGCUAAUUAUGGUGGAAAAUAAGUAUUUGGUCAAUAACAAAAGUUUCUCAAUACUUUGUUAUAUACCCUUUGUUGGCAAUGACACAGGUCAAACGUUUUCUGUAAGUCUUCACAAGGUUUUCACACACUGUUGCUGAGCAGUGAUGUUUUGGGGCUGUCGCUGGGCAACACAGACUUUCAACUCCCUCCAAAGAUUUUCUAUGGGGUUGAGAUCUGGAGACUGGCUAGGCCACUCCAGGACCUUGAAAUGCUUCUUACGAAGCCACUCCAUCGUUGCUCGGGCAGUGUGUUUGGGAUCAUUGUCAUGCUGAAAGACCCAGCCACGUUUCAUCUUCAAUGCCCUUGCUGAUGGAAGGAGGUUUUCACUCUUUUUCACUCUUUUUCUUUGCAGAAAAACAGCCCCAAAGCAUGAUGUUUCCACCCCCAUGCUUCACAGUAGGUAUGGUGUUCUUUGGAUGCAACUCGGCAUUCUUUGUCCUCCAAAAACGACGAGUUGAGUUUUUACCAAAAAGUUCUAUUUUGGUUUCAUCUGACCAUAUGACAUUCUCACAAUCCUCUUCUGGAUCAUCCAAAUGCACUCUAGCAAACUUCAGACGGGCUUGGACAUGUACUGGCUUAAGCAGGGGGACACGUCUGGCACUGCAGGAUUUGAAUCCCUGGCGGCGUAGUGUGUUACUGAUGGUAGGCUUUGUUACUUUGGUCCCAGCUCUCUGCAGGUCAUUGACUAGGUCCCCCCGUGUGGUUCUGGGAUUUUUGCUCACCGUUCUUGUGAUCAUUUUGACCCCACAGGGUGAGAUCUUGCGUGGAGCCCCAGAUUGAGGGAGAUUAUCAGUGGUCUUGUAUGUCUUCCAUUUCCUAAUAAUUGCUCCCACAGUUGAUUUCUUCAAACCAAGCUGCUUACCUAUUGCAGAUUCAGUCUUCCCAGCCUGGUGCAGGUCUACAAUUUUGUUUCUGGUGUCCUUUGACAGCUCUUUGGUCUUGGCCAUAGUGGAGUUUGGAGUGUGACUGUUUGAGGUUGUGGACAGGUGUCUUUUAUACUGAUAACAAGUUCAAACAGGUGCCAUUAAUACAGGUAACAAGUGGAGGACAGAGGAGCCUCUUAAAGAAGAAGUUACAGGUCUGUGAGAGCCAGAAAUCUUGCUUGUUUGUAGGUGACCAAAUACUUAUUUUCCACCAUAAUUAGCAAAUAAAUUCAUAAAAAAUCCUACAAUGUGAUUUUCUGGAUUUUUUCCCCUCAAUUUGUCUGUCAUAGUUGACGUGUACCUAUGAUGAAAAUUACAGGCCUCUCUCAUCUUUUUAAGUGGGAGAACUUGCACAAUUGGUGGCUGACUAAAUACUUUUUUCCCCCACUGUAGUUUAUUUUAUCAAAACACAUGUUUUAAAAUUGCAAACAAUCGAUUGGUCGAAAGAACAGCUUACUUUCGGUCGAUCAUAUUUUGUUUUUGUCUGGGACAUCCCUAAAUAAAAUUAUGCCUUGUAUACUUUGAAGAACUACUAAAAUAGUGAUUUUGUCAGACAGAUGAUGAUGACUUGGAAUGAAAUAAUAAAGUCAUCAAAUAAAACAAAUGUAAUAUACCCCAAAACGUAAAUAUUUUAUUUAAGUAAAAUGAUGUCAAUAAAUGAUGGAUAAUAAGUGAUAAGCAGUAAUGGUCACUACCAUCAUGUGACUUUUAUUAAUUGUUUUAUUCUGUGUUGUUACAGCGUUCAACCCAUAUAAUGCAUACUGCAUUUAAUGUUUUAAAAAAUUUAAUCGAAUUCGAAAACCGGGAUUAUAUUGUUUUUAAUAAUGGGCCCCGUGUAGCUCAGUUGGUAGAGCAUGGCGUUUGCAACGCCAUGGUUGUGGGUUCGAUUCCCACGGGGGGCCAGUAUGAAAAAGUAAUAUAUAUAUGCACUCACUAACUGUAAGUCGCACUGGAUAAGAGCGUCUGCUAAAUGACUAAAAUGUAAAUGUAAUAAUCGAACCGAAACAACCUCAAAAAGCACUAAUUGCUCUUAACUAACACACACACACAGGUUCUGUUUACAGUCUUUCACACCUGUCUCUGAGAGUAGGGCUAGCAGACAGAUCACAGGGGCCACGUCUCUUUCUCCCUGAAGAGUAUGUGUGUAUGUGCUGGUUUGCAGACUGCAGAGCGAAUCAGUUUGGUUGGGUCUGGGAUCUGGUCAGAACUGGUGCUGCUCAAAUUGACUCAUCAGCUACCACUUCACACCAAACUGGAUUAUGCUAUGCAGAUAUAUGCUUGAGGGUGUGGUUACUGUCUGUCUCUCUGUCUGUCUGUGUGUUUGUGUGUGGUGUGUGUGUGUGUGUGUGUGUGCGUUUCUUUCCGCGGUGUGUGUAUCUUUGAUAUUGCAUCCGUCCCAGUGGAAAUAGCACAACCAUCUGCGGAGGAGCCCCAGGGGGCCUGAUAGCUCCUCUGCCCCAGAAUAAGCUGCCCUCUCUGGGUACACAGGGUCCCGUCUGCUCCCCUUUCCCCCAUAGAGCCUGGAGCUCUGGCAGGCUGCACUUCAAACACAUCACUUCAAUUUCACAUCACACAAACCAGACCAGCAACAAACAAAAUAUUUCCAGCCCUUCCAGUUAUUUAAUCAUACCAGUCGAGUCAAUUGAGGAGUCUGAGGCAGUGCUUGACUUGGACUGAAAUAGGUUCCGAUACUCAUUUUGGGUGCCGGUACUGUUUUAUAUUUAGGUGCAGGAGCUCCACAAUACUUUUUCGCUAAUAUUCUAUAAGAGGAACAGGAGCUCAAGCAGUAGAACAUUGAAAGUGCUGGUACUCAGCUCCGCUGAGCUCUUGCCCAAGUCGAGCAUUGGUCUGGGGACCUCUUCUCAUUCACAAUGCUAGCCAGGCUAAGAGGCAGCCGGCAGAACAGUUCAAAACAAUGACUAGACAAACAAUAGGCUAGUAGGCAGUGGAGUUAGAACGUGGGUGAGAAGUGGGAGCAGAGGAGAGGGAUACCAGCAGCCCAGAGGAGGAUAAAAAUUAUUUAUAUAUACACCCAACAAGAACAAUUACCAGACCAUCUCGGACUGUCAAUGAUUCAGCGCUUAAAAAAAGAUCGACAUCAAAACAUUUAAAAGUAAUAUAUUUCAUGUCUUUUUGGUAGCACUGUAGCAGAUUGAUGGAGCAGUGUUCUGAACUUAACUGCUAAAUGGUCAAUAUAUUGUUAUGCAGGUUGAGUAGGUUUGCAACACAUUUAUUCUGUGCUGUGCUGUGAUUUGCAAGGCCACAGGUUGACAGAAAGAUGCAGUGCGCCUGGCCUCUCCAGUGUUUUAGGAGGCUGUGCUAUAAAUUACCAAGGAUAGGCUAGUCUGUAUCACGCUCAACACUGCAUAGUGUAUAAAACCCUGUCUGGCCCUGCAGUCCACAGACAACCCCUAUACCCAUUGUAGCCAAUUAGCACUUAAUGUAGAUUUGAAAGAGUUGUAAAGUUAUGCUAUACACUACAGUAAGCAAUAUGGUAAAAUCUCCACCUUGCCCUCUGAUCUGCUAUGUGGAUUUCUCAGUGCCAGAUUCAAGGUGAGUGUGGAUAGUGUAGGUGGCUGGUGGGCAGGUUGUGUAAGAACCAGAGGUGUGGUACCAAAACAGUGUUACUAAAGUCACAGAGCACCUGUGAUGUCGUAGAUGGUAGUGAAUAGGCUGUUGGGUAAUGCUGUUGUAGAAUGGCUGGCGGGGUCAUGACGGGUCCACUGUGAGGUCAUUUCCUGUGAGCGACGGCUCGGGGGGAUAGUUUUCAAAGUCUCAUCUCUUUAACCCAAAUCCCUUUGUUUGAAUCCCACCAAUAUCAUUGUGACGUUCUUCCUCCCAGGCUCUGGUGUGCUGGUUUAGAGAGUGUGUGUGCUGCAGUCUGAUGUGGGUCAGAAUGGAUAGCCUAUUAAUCUCAGAGUGGUGUGCGAGUAUUCAUCAUUUCUAUGGGAACAAAAUACAUUUGAAUGCAGAAUGGUUGAUGUAUUAUUUUAUGUUAAGUCCUAUCUGGGUUAGAUCAGCCAGGCUAUAGGCUAUAACCCACAUAAUACAAACCGGUCAAGACUGCCUCUUCACUCAUCCACUGACUGUCACCCUGUCUUUCUUUACAACUCUCCAUCCAUCUCUCUACUUUUACUCAAUCAUCAGCUCAUUCAGACACACACACGCACACUUAUCCGUGGCCUUUUUAGACCUAUACAGUGCCUUCAGAAAGUAUUCACACCCCUUGACUUUUUCCACAUUUUGUUGUGUUACAAGGUGAGAUAAAAAUAGAUUUAAUUGUAAUUUAUUGUCAACGAUCUACAGAAAAUACUCUGCUCCCGCUGGCGUGGAAUCGUCCUUCUACUGAUAGGACAGAUCCAUACUAGCUGGGCCUAGGCCUAUCAAAUGGGUUUGACAAGCUGAACUAGCCCACAUCCUAGUACCACUUCCUGGACAUGAAUUUCACACUGAUGCCUCUUUUAGAACUCUUCAUCUCCAGACAGUAAGUUUGUUUCUGGCUGCUGUUCUGAUUUGUGUUUAGUUUUUAUGAAACGAUCCAGUACAUCAAUAGGCGAGGUCAUACUGUGAUUUCCUGCACUGAGAUGUUUUUCAGAUGUGUGUGUGACUGUGGGGAAACACGCUGAGAUAAGCAGCUCAGGCCUACAUGGAACACACAACACUACAACUAACAAACUAUCUCUCUCCAGGCAGUGUGUGUGCCUCGUGUUGUUGUGUUGCGGUGUGAGAUGCAUUCUUUUUCAGCUGUGUAUUUAGACAGAGUAGAGAGGGAGAGGGCACAGGCUCGUGUGUGUGUGUGUGCGCCCCCAUCUGCACAACAACUGUGAAAUUGUAAUCUGACUGGCUUUAAUACCGGUUCGGUGUAGAGGACAAAUACUGACCUGAGUUCAGCCCUGGCCCGGGGACAGUCAUUUGUGGCAUAUGGUGUGUGUGUGUCAUGUGGUGUGUGUCUCUUCCCUUUCUCAGUUUCCACCCUGUACGUGUUUGGAAUACUGACUAUGAGACACCACAAAAAUGUUAGUGACCAUUCUUCAACCCAUCUCCCAGAUUAGAUGAGGUGGGCAGGAUGUGGUGUGUACUGUGUCUGUGUGUGAUAGAUUGGGCAGACGACAUCGCUUGCUGUCCCUCAUCCCUCAGGCCUGUUGUGGUCAUGUAAGGGUCAGCUAAUUCUCCGGCCACGCUGACUCGAGGAUGUGGGUGUAGGUUCUGAACCAGGCAGAAUAGCCUGGUUACUGACUGGUGGGGCCAUCUGUGCCCUGGGCCUGACUGCAUAAGGCCCUGCUACAGGAUAGCGUUUGUCUGGGGAUGGAGACCUAGUUAACUGGCACUCAGAGAGAGAGAGAGGGAAAUCUGAGGAUGGGGAGGAGAGAGAGAGGGGUGGGGAAUCUGAGGAUGAGAGCGAGAGGGGGGUGGGGAAUCUGAGGAGGGAGGGAGAGAGAGAGAGAGAGAGAGAGAGACAGACAGACAGACAGACAGAGAGACAGAGAGAGAGAAUCUGAGGAUGGCGAGAGAGAGAGAAUCUGAGGAUGGAGAGAGAGGUGGGGAAUCUGAGGAUGGAGAGGAGAGAGAGAGAGAGGGGUUGGGAAUCUGAGGAUGGAGAGGUGGGGAAUCUGAAAAGAGAGAGGUGUGGAAUCUGAGGAUGGAGAGGUGUGGAAUCUGAGGAUGGAGAGGUGUGGAAUCUGAGGAUGGAGAGGUGGGGAAUCUGAGGGUGGAGAAGUGGAGAGGUGGAGGUAGAGAGAGAGAGGUAGAGAGAGAGACUGUGAGUGAGUAUGGUGUAAUUGGUGCAAAAUGUGUGAUGUGUGAACCAGUAGACUAAAGCUGCUGUUGCCUGCUUUAUUAAUCUCAUCAGUUACUGUUGGACAUGAUAAGGGGCCCUGACUCUGCCCUGUAAAUUAUAGAUGGGGACAAGCUGGCUAUGACUGCUGCCUUGUGUGUGUGUGUUGGCUUUAUGCUUGCUGGCUGCCAAGGUAACAGUGUAGUUAUAUAUUCAGGGUACAGACAGUCCAGUUGUACUACAGGCAUCAGGUUGGUUUAUUAUGUAAUCAUCCUCUGUCCCUGUAGUUAACAGUCAAAGCUGUUUCUGCAUCAGAGGCUGCGCCUGUAAACCCAGAGGCUACAAACUGCCCUAGCCACUCAGUAGAGCCAUUAAAGUCUGCAGAGAGAGGAGACUUGGAGGAGCACUCUGUUUCAUGCAUAUUUUGUCCUCGAUCCUCCUAUCCAGUUCUUUUUCUCAAGGCCAUACUGGGGAAUGGGUUAGAGGGCGCACAGACUGACACGUGCACACACACACACACACACACACACACACACACACACACACACACACACAAAGACAGUCCUAGAAAUGGAGCUUGUGUUUACAUUACAAGAGAUGAGAUUUUGACGACAGUGUAUAAUUACCACUCAAUAAAAUGAUCAAUAUCUAUCUAACUAUAUGUUGCUAUGAGAUUGUUUACCAUAAACCUUGCUGAGCUCAUAUUGUCUUAUCAUACAUGCAUGAGUCAUUUACUGUAGUGUAAAUUCAAUUGAAUUCUCUCUAAAGUGACAUUCUCAAUAUCUGACAUGUUUCUCUCUCUCUCUCUCUGUGUGUGUGUGUGUGUGUGUCUGUCGUGCUCUCUGUCUCUGUCUGUCUGUCUCUGUCUCUCUCUGUCUGUCUGUCUGUCUGUCUCUGUGUGUCCAGGCAGAGCGCGGUGGCGAUGGGAACAACGUCCUCAGCCUCCCGGUGCCGAUGCGGCGGGGGGGCUCAGAGUCCAACCUGGUGACUGACAGAGGCGAGGGAGGUGUGGGCCUGGACUUCACUAAGGGCCGACUGGCUAUCGACAGCCUGCAGCAGAAGAUCCUCAAGGUGAGUGAGUGUGUGUGUGUGUUGCGGGGGGGUGUAUUGUGUGUGUGUGUGUGUGUGUGUGUGUGUGUGUGUGUGUGUGUGUGUGUGUGCAAGAGAGAGCGAGAGCAUGGGCCCAUCUGUGUGUGAUCUCCCCCAAGGUGACAGAGCAGAUCAAGGUGGAACAGACAGCCAGGGACCAGAACGUGGCAGAGUACCUCAAACUGGUCAACAACGCUGACAAGCAGCAGGUGGCACGCAUACGUCAGGUCAGUCCAAUUACAUCCCACUUAUUUGUUGUUUUAUGAUGCUACAUAACUGCAUCUGCCAAGUGCUCUGAAUGUUUAUAAGCCACUUUUAAAAGAAAAUGUAUCAAUUAUAGUAUUACCUUUCAUUUAAUCCUGUGGGUCUGCCAGGUGUUUGAGAAGAAGAACCAGAAGUCUGCCCACAGCAUCGCCCACCUGCAGAGGAAGCUGGAGCAGUACCACCGCCGCAUGAAGGAGGAGGCCAACGGGGCCAAGCACCCGUCCAGGGAGGCCCGGGGGGAGGGGGGCAAGGAGGGCCAGAAGGACGGCAGCCUGCGGGACAUCAGCUCGGCCAGCGUGCGCCACCCGGCAAUGGACAAAGUCAAGACCAUCGGCCCCGGGGUCUCCCUCUCGCCCCCCUUCUUCUUCAACAAGUCGCGGGAGUUCGCCAACCUCAUCCGCAACAAGUUCGGCAGCGCCGACAACAUCGCCCACAUGAAGAGCUCCAUGGAGACGGGGGCGGGGCUCCAGGCGGAAGGCGGAGCCGGGGCACGGGCGCUGAGCGGCAGCGCCACCACGAUUGCCAAGGCCAAGUACCCCAGCGACGACGAAUGUUCCACGGGGACCUCUGUGUCGGCCGACUCCAACGGGAACCCGGCGGGCGGGUCGGGGUUGGGGUCAGGGGGCGGUAUGGGAAGGUCGGACUCUCAGGGGAGGCUGGGGGAGGUGCUGGAGGAGGUCAGGGAGAUUAGGGAGGCCCAGGUACAGCUGGCCGAGGACAUGGAGUCACUAAAAAGCCAGUUCAAGAGAGACUACAGCUUCAUCACACAGACGCUGCAGGAGGAGAGAUACAGGUUGGUGCAGACAAUGGCGUACACACACACACACCCACACACACAAAUCAGUACAGAAAGCAAACACACACACACCCUCAUUUCAGGGUAUAAAGACCCCAAUCUUUCAGACACUUCUCCCCAUGAGUCUUCCUCCAUACAGACGUACCACCAACAUCCUCCAUACAGACGUACCACCAACAUCCUCCGUACAGACGUACCACCAACAUCCUCCAUACAGACGUACCACCAACAUCCUCCGUACAGAUGUACCACCAACAUCCUCCAUACAGACGUACCACCAACAUCCUCCAUACAGACAUACCACCAACAGCCUCCAUACAGACGUACCACCAACAUCCUCCGUACAGACGUACCACCAACAGCCUCCAUACAGACGUACCACCAACAGCCUCCAUACAGACGUACCACCAACAUCCUCCGUACAGACGUACCACCAACAUCCUCCGUACAGACGUACCACCAACAUCCUCCGUACAGACGUACCACCAACAUCCUCCAUACAGACGUACCACCAACAUCCUCCAUACAGACGUACCACCAACAUCCUCCAUACAGACGUACCACCAACAUCCUCCGUACAGAUGUACCAACAACAUCCUCCGUACAGACAUACCACCAACAUCCUCCAUACCGACCACUAACAGCUGGAGAGGACCAAUAUCUUUCUAGCUGUUUCACUUUAUGCUUUUCUAGGCAUACUUCACUAUUUCCCACCUUAAACCAUAAUCUUGUUUCAGAGAAUACCUAAAUAAAAUUGUUGACUGUUGAUACUGUCAACUUAGGGCUGAUUUAUCAACACGCAUAUCUAGAUAUUGCUUCACACACAACAAAAACACAGAGAACACACACACACAUUGCCAAGUCUAGGUCCAAAAGACUUCACAACAGCUUCUACCCCCAAGCCAUAAGACUCCUGAACAGCCAAUCAUGGCUACCCGGACUAUUUGCACUGCCCCCCCACCCCAUCUUUUUACGCUGCUGCUACUCUGUUAAUUAUUUAUGCAUAGUCACUUUAACUCUAUCCACAUGUACAUAUUACUUCAACUACCUCAACUAGCCGGUGCCCCCGCACAUUGACUCUGCACCGGUACCCCCCUGUAUAUAUAGCCUCCCUACUGUUAUUUUAUUUGACUUCUGCUCUUUUUUUCUCAACACUUUUUUGUUGUUGUUUUAUUUUACUUUUUUAUUACAAAUAAAUGCACUGUUGGUUAAGGGCUGUAAGUAAGCAUUUCACUGUAAUGUCUGCACCUGUUGUAUUUGGCGCAUGUGGCCAAUAAAAUUUUAUUUGAUUUGACAUUGGUGAAGGAAGAGAUGGACACACGUUUGCUUUGGAAAUGAAGCUGUGUAUUCAGUAAUAAGACGUAUCAUUCUCUCUCCCCUUCACGCUCUCUCUCCCCCUCCCUCUCCCUACUAGGUUUGAGCGGUUAGAGGACCAGUUAAAUGACCUGACAGAGUUGCACCAGCAUGAGACCAGUAACCUGAAGCAGGAGCUGGCCAGCAUCGAGGAGAAGGUGGCCUACCAGGCCUACGAGAGAGCUAGGGACAUCCAGGUAUGUACAAACACAGAUCAACAAACAUGCCCUCUACAAACAUGCCCCCUACACAUCUAUCUAAGCUGUAUAUAGUCAGUAACUUUAUCUAAGCCUGUGUGUCAAAUGUUAACUGAAUGCGUGUGUGUUUCUGUGUUUACAGGAGGCUCUGGAGUCGUGUCAGACGCGUGUCUCUAAGCUGGAGCUCCAGCAGCAGCAGCAGCAGACGGUACAAGUGGAGAACACAGACGCCAAGGUGCUGCUGGGAAAAUGCAUCAACAUCAUGCUGGCCAUCGUCACGGUGAUCCUGGUGUGCGUUUCCACGGCAGCCAAGUUCACCGCGCCCCUCCUGCGGAGCCGCGUGCACCUGGCACUCACCUGCGUGGGUUUGUCCCUACUGGCGGUCAUCUGGAAGAACUGGGAGCACCUGCAGUGUGCCCUGGAACGCAUGCUCCUCCCACACUGA